AGCACUCUAAUAGGAUGCAGAAAUAAGUCCAUGACAUGAACUGAAGAACUUGUUGUAACAGGAAAGUUCUGUGACAGAAGGGUGACAGUAGAGUGACAGUAGUGUGACAGAAGUGUGAUGAGCUAUCUGUCCUCAGAGUCUGAAAAUGAGUCCCACCUCCUGAAUGUGAUAGUGUCCUUACAGGCCCAGGAGUUACAGUGUGAUGUCAACAGGACCAAGAACAAGAACAUCAGCGAGUUCCAACAGAUAGACGCUAAAAUUAAUGAGCAGUUAACUGAUAAUCACAAUGCACUGAAGCAGAUUCCUGAGGUUUACUCAAAUGUUUUGGACAGAAUUAAAUUUGCACAGGGAAAGAUAAAAUCUUGCAAAGAAAAGAUAGACAGAUGUAAAACGUCGUUACAAUGUCAACGCGAAGAUCUCAAACGGCUGUAUCUCGACAGUGUUACAAACGGGCAGAUUCUCGACCUUUUAGCCAGAAUAGACAAAGUAAGAGAAGUGUCGGGAGUUUUAGACGCUUACAUUAAACACAAGCAUUACCAGCAUGCUACUAAACUUCUUAAAACUAACGUGGCUCUACUGGAAGGAAAUUUGUCAAGCGUCGACGCCCUAAAAGAUAUCAAAGAUGAGCUGAAGAAGAGGAAAGAUACGUUACACUUGGAACUGAUACAACAACUACAAAACCACCUUUAUCUUAAAGCUCCGUCGGCUAAAGAGAAAGUGCAGCUAUUCAGAAGCGGCGAGCCCCCGGAAAUGGAUAACGAGGAGGAGUACGAGGACGAGGAGGAGGAUUUGACAAAAGAUCCCGAGGAAGACACGUACAAGUUCCUGAAGUUACUAAUCCAGAGUCUCCAACAACUUGACAGACUUGACGAAACUGAGGAGGUUUUAGAGAAGAACAUGGAGUCAGAACUGCGGAGUAUUCUCAACAACACGGCACAGGACCUCCUGUACAAGAAGAGGCUGACUAAUCAGAUAGACAACCAGCCUACCCUGUUCCCGGAGCUCCUGGAGGAAUGUUUUGCAAAGUACAGGGCUGUUGCUGCUUCGCAUCACGUGGUGAUAAACGCGAUAGAGCACCUGAGGUUCAGCAGUCAAGCAAACCGAUAUUCCAACAGCAGAGUCUGGAGCAACAUUCAGACAUGUGUAGAGUACCUGCUGAGAGACUACCUAGCUGUAGACGAGGAUGUGACAGCCCAGACUCUCACCUCAGCCCCUAUCUCCUACGUGGCUGCUAAGAACGACAUGUCCGUCUUCUUCGCACGGAGUGGUCGGAGACCUGAGAAAGUACAGCCUAGUCUCUUCUCAUUCGAGUCAAGUGCUACAGGUUUAACAAGGUCGUCUGAGUGCAGGACACAGCAGUAUAACAGUGAUACAGCCGCCACAGCCUACGAACUACCAGCUCUAUGUCAGAAGAGUCCUCACAAUAUCACUCUGGUCUUCAAACAGAUCACCAACUUUAUCAGGGAGAUCAACAACGUUAUCAACAUGACCGGAACUCAGCUUAUUCCACUGCAGCACUUCCUGAACGAGUUUGUGGAUAACAAGUUCCUGCCUACCCUUCAGGGGAAGGUUAAGAAGCACAUUGCUGAGGCAACUGAGGGUAAUUCAGGUUUGAACAUGGUUAAGUUACCCUCCACCAAGAUAGGCUGGCCCCGUCCUCUUCUUCAGGGUACACUGAAGGUGCAGGAGGAGCUAGCAGAGCUAAGAUCCCUAAUGAACAGGAUGCCUAAGUAUUGUAACAAGUUCCUGGAUAUUAUCUACGAGGUCCUCAAGUCUUACAAGAAGAUUUGUCACAACACUUUCAGCAACAUUGUUGGGAUUAACGUGAUCGGAGCUAAUCAGACUGUUUGCCACAUUUGGUUCAAGGACGAAAAACUGAAACAAAUUAUCAAAGAGCUGCCAGCUUGGCCAGAGGUAUUUAACAAAGGAGGGCUAACUGAACAGACGUCCACACACGCACAACUUGUUACUGCUAUCAGUAUCCAUCUCGUUACACUCCACCCUCCCUGUCAUACAUCAUGUCACAUUAUCUGUAACAUAGCUUCACACAUGUCACACUCUGUUGAUGAGAUGUGCGUUGUUUCACCUCGCUCUAACGUGACGUCACCAUUCUCUAACGUGACGUCACCUCGUUCUCAAAUCACGUCACCUCGUUCUCAAAUCACGUCACCGCGAAGUGAGAUCUCUUCAUCAAGCAGUGAACUGACGGACAGUUCAAGUUUAUUACAGCAAAAUCUUUACAAAAAACUUCCAACGAAACACACAACGUACGAAAUAGAAAUGGGAGAAAUGCAAAAUUCAAACGACUACAAGAUUGUAAAACAAAUUACAUAUGGUGAAGACUCUGACGUCACCUCGACAGAAACGUCGCGUGAUAACUCAUGUAACGAUGAUUCACAACUCUCCUCAUCAUCAUUCACCUCUUACUCAUCUUGUAAAGAUAUUCUAGACAAAGAUGCUAUGAUAGCGGACAGUGAACGGUUAAUACAGCUAGCUCAGCUACAAGACAGUAUUAACUGGCUUAUUCAAUACGUUGACAACUUUGCUGAAAACCUCCAAUGUGAUAAAGAGCUACAAGAUCAGUUAACGGGAAGUAACAUGAAGCUGUUGGAGGACUGCAGGAACUUGUUAAACGAGCGGAUGAACGAACUGCUGCAGUUAGCAGAAGACUGCCUGAUGAUCCUUUACUUGGAGAUCAGGGUUCAGUGUUACUACCAUCUCCUCAUCGUACUAAGAAAGCAAGAGUACAAAGUUGACAUGGUUAACUCGGACCCAGACAGCGGAGUUACCCUUCUCAACAAGUUCUUAUCUCAACUAGAGGAGAAGAUAAGAGACUUCCUCCCUCUAUCCCACACCAAGUUCCUAUUUGAGGGGUUAGGCUACAUCAUGAGCAGCGUCAUAAUCAGCAACGCUAGUUACAUCAAAGAGAUAAAUAACGGCGGUCUCAAGAAAAUGUCUCGAAAUAUCCUGGCUUUACAACAAAACCUAACAAAUAUAACGCUUACACACGAACUCGAGCUGGAGCGAGCAAGGUUCUACUACGAACUCCUCUAUCAGAAGCCUGAGGAGAUCCUACGAAAUAUAGUGGAACAACAGAAGCGUUUCACCAAGUCAGAGUACGUAGAGUUGAUACAGCUGUACUACCGGAGUAACCGCAGCAGCAAGAACAACAACAAGCGAUCUGAGAAGCAGCUCAACUUACAUUUGGUGAAACUAAACGAGAUCAUGGAGAAUGAGUCGGAUAGUAGCAGUGAGGAGAAAUCUAACGGGACUGAUCUGUGAGAGUUCACAGGAUGGAGACAGGACUGUUUGUUCCUGACAGUUGGAGACUUGUCGUUCAUGUUGUGAUCAUGUACAGAAUGCAGAAUGUGGAAAGGGGACAGAAAUAUAGUUUAUGACGUCAUGUGAUUUAGCUGGUGACGCAUAACUCCGCUGGGAGUUGAAAUUUGAGCCAAAGUAUACAUACAUAGUUAUCAUAAUUGGGCGUGUUCAGGUAUGUUGUUGUUGAGCCGGAUUAUCUAGUCCUAUAGGCGUUACUCACGGACUGCUCAGCGAUUCCUGCUGCAGCACUGAUAACCACAGCACUAUCAUGGGAAAGGAAUGUUGUUACGAUCAGGAUUCAUGAUAUGGUCAGUGUGCUCGUACCGACUACCAUUAGUCCACUACGUAAUCGUAUAGACACCACAGAAUAGUACAAGAAUCCCUGCAGUUCUUACUUACUCAUUACUGUAAUACAGGUGUAACCUUGCUCUGAUAUCGGAUAAGUGUUUGAUAUGAUAUCGUACAGUGAAAUUUUGUAUCGUUUGCUACGGGCUAACUUCAGUGCCGCACCGUUGUUAUGGGAUAUCCGCAUUGUAUGGCAUCCAUUUUUAGUUCGGUACGUUUAUUUUUAGUUCUGUUUUUGUAAAUUAACUUUGAUGAUUUAGUAAAUUGAGUAGGCGUCAUUUUCGAAAUCCUUUCUCGUUAAGCUUUUUUGGGUAACAUCAGUUUAUUGAAAUGUGUACUAAUUGAUGUGAAUACAAAUCUGAUAUUGCUUUAAUUAAUGAUCAUUAUAUUUUCAUUAAA